UGGGCCUAGUCAUUGAAUCCGUUUCGAUCGAAAUAUGGUUCGAUAUGAUCGAAAAAAUUUGCGUUGAAAUCAUUGAAACCGUAUCGAAAAUAAAAUUUUCGAUCGAAGUGAACUCACUUACCGACUUGAUAAAAUGCUUUCCGCGGCACAUAGAUGUCGCUAAUUUCGAAAUCAUUGAUACCGCAAUAUCGAAAAUUUGUGUCGAAAUCAAUCCGUUGGUGAGUGCGUUGCGGAAUUCUUACAAAAAUGGAUAAUUUAGAUAAGAGACAAAAACACACCAACAAAAAACAAUUUGAAGUGUUAGUAAGUGAAAUGAAGCUGCACCCCGACAUAGCGAAAGGAUUUUCGCAAAGAGCACCAGGCGAAUUGAAUAAUUUUUGGGAAGAAAUUUCAAACAAAUUAAACGCAGUAGGUCCCCCAAUCAAGGACAGAACUGGAUGGAAGAAGGUUUGGACAGAUUUCAAGUUUGCGACGAAGAAAAAAAUGGUCAAAAAUGCAAAGCAAAUUUCAGGAACAGGCCAAAUUUCUUUAAGUGCACUGGAAGAGGAAGUGAGUGUUAUUCUAUCACUCAAUGCAUCAGUGGAGGGAUUAAAGGGCAUUACAAGUUUUGGAUGCUCAAAAGAAAAUAUUCCGGAAGAAAUACCAACAACAAGUACUCCCCGCAAAAGACCGGUUGAGUCAAUUUAUUCCCAGCCUGACAUUGACUUGAUUGAAACGUCAUAUAUGACUCCUGGCCAGACCAUAGAAUCUAAUGCAGAUGCUGAUGUGUUCUGUACCCCGCAUAAAAAGAGUAAAAUAAACAAAAUGGGUCUUCUUACAGAACAAAUAAAUAUUCAAAAAAAGAUGGAGGAAAAUGUAUCUAAAUUGUUAGCCACGCUCAUUAAACAUCAAAAAGACUAUAUCCAAGAACAGUCCGACACAAACAGGUGGCUUAGGAAACUAAGUGAAAAUGAGAAGGAUAAAUUGAAAGAAAUGAAGCGACAUAACGCUGUCAUGGAAAAAAUAGCCUUUGAUAAAUUGGAAACCAAAAAAAAAAUUCUAGAACUGGAACUUGAACAUUUAAAUAAUCCAUAA